CAGACUGAAAUGUUGUUCCUGGGGCUACCCGAGACCGCUCUUUCGCCCGUCGUCGCCUCGCAGCUCGAGGGGCGGGGAGCGGAGGAGGGGUCGCGCGCCAAUCGGGUAGUCCCACGGCCAGUCACGUGGCUCCGGGGCUCGCGGCUUUAUAAGCCUUUCAAUUAGAGGCCGCGGCGCGCGGGAGGACGGAUCUGAGGGGCAUCGCGGGGGCAGCGGAUUAGGUGGAUGAGAUUCCCCCACCCCUGUCCGGGAGUUCGAGUGGUACGAACCGGCGGGGCUGCCGGGCAUCUCGAAGGAUGGGGACUGUUAGCGAUGGAGCCUUCUUAGAGCGAAUGGAGAAGCUGGUUCCCAGACUGGAGGAUCAUACCUGGGGUUGUUCCUGUGCUGCUGGGAGAAGGAAUAAAGCUCUCUCAGGAGGAACGGCUUCGGGGCUUGCAGCCAAGGUGGGCGAAAUGCUGAGCUCCUCCGUCUCAAACUCUCCUCUCACGCUAAUGGCCCAGAAGCCCAGUAGCUCCAGCAGCCUGAACUUGAGCCGGGAUGUAUUGCAGCGGAGCCUGGUGCUGUUCUCUGUGGGCACUUUUCUGGCACUGGUGCUGAACUUGCUGCAAAUCCAGCGGAAUGUGACUCUGUUCCCAGAGGAAGUCAUGUCUACCAUCUUCUCCUCCGCCUGGUGGGUGCCCCCGUGCUGUGGGACUGCAGCAGCUGUGGUUGGCUUGCUGUAUCCCUGCAUUGACAGUCAUCUGGGCGAGCCUCACAAAUUCAAGAGAGAAUGGGCCAGUGUAAUGCGAUGUAUAGCCGUUUUUGUGGGCAUUAACCACGCAAGUGCUAAACUGGAUUUUGCAAACAAUAUCCAGCUCUCCUUGACACUGGCAGCUCUGUCACUGGGCCUCUGGUGGACAUUUGAUCGUUCUCGAAGCGGUCUGGGUCUUGGAAUUACCAUAGCUUUUCUAGCUACACUGAUUACACAGUUUCUUGUCUAUAAUGGUGUUUAUCAGUAUACCUCCCCAGAUUUCCUUUACAUCCGAUCUUGGCUGCCAUGUAUAUUUUUCUCAGGAGGUGUGACUGUAGGAAACAUAGGACGCCAGCUGGCUAUGGAUGUCCCUGAGAAGCCUCACAGUGACUAAGUGUUUGGCUCUGCAGUGCCUGUGCGAAGGCAAAACCAAGAUGGCUUCCUGAGUCUGAACUGGAUUAUUUUUCUUGAAUAACCUGUGUGGGCUCCGUGCACGAAUGGCUGGUGAAGGAACGUCAAUUCACCUUUGAGUGGCCAAGGGCUUCCCUUGGUUUUUCAGAGAUGCAUCUGUACUUGGUUCUCCUGUGGAAGAAUUCUAUAGAGACUUAAUGUGUAGCGAGUCAUGCUUGGUGGUCAUGAUCCCAGGCACUAGGUUCCAGUUGAAGUCAUUGAAACAGCUGCCAUAUUUCGAAGCCUUGAAACAAAACUUAAUUGUAAGCUUUGUGCAAGUGCCCAAAGAAGGUUGAUUGGUGGUGCUGGAAGGUGAAGUACGUGGGUUUCAUAGGAAAUAGUAUUUAUCCAACCUUCCCUUAAAAUAGGGUUGUCAGAGAAUCCGAAUACAAUCAUUCAGAUGCUGGGUGACAGAAUAGUAGCCACGGACACAAUCCAGUGGGAAAUUCUGCUUUGCAGGCCUCACUGAAACAAGAGAGAAGGGCCCUACUCUUUCAGUGGGGCUUCUACAGAACUGGCUUGGAGUUCUACUUUGACUUGUGUGGGGUUUUUACUUUUUGGAGUACCAGAUCUCUUGAGAAAGCGAAGCAAACUUUCUUGUUAAUAAAGAAGCAAUAAAUCUGUCAGCUUCUCGUGGAACCGGCUGGCCCCUUAUCCCUGUCCUGCUGUCAAAUACACACAGCCAAAAUCAAUUCUUGGUCAGCAAUUUCCUUUGCUGCAUCUCCAAAGGGGAAGCCCUGAAGCCCCUCACCGAUAAACCAGUCCUCCGAGUGUUAUGUGUGCAGGACACUGAUUCUGGUGGAGUUUUCUGGGACUCUUUCUAGUUUGGGGGCUCAAACUAUAGCUGCCAUGAAAGAAGCCGUGUAGGCCAAAAGUGUUAUUUCGUGCUUCUUACCCGUGCACUUUGGUUUCACACUGUGUUUCUGAAGAGAUCGUUACUCUGUUUUUAUACAAUUAUUUCUCAGCCCUGUACGACUUGCAAUCUGUGAUUGCCUUGCAGAGAACACCUGCACCAGACAUGCCAGGUGUCUGAGUAGUUUCAUAGGCAGCACAAUGGCAGCUUUAAUUACACAGGCCAUAGGUGAACUAAUUAACAAGUAUUGGGUCUCAGAAUUUAAAGUGCAAUGUACAGUUGAAAACCUGAGCCUUGUCUCCUCUUUAACAUCUCCUUAAACAAUGAGGGGCUAUUAACCUCAUUUCAAUGCUGCACAGAGACAAAAAUCAGCAAUAAUCAAAUUGGUAAUGCUAGUUUAUGCCUCUACUUCAUACAUCUUAAGAAAUGCUCUACUUCUGUGCUUGUGGAUACAAAGUGCUCUUGCUGCGUUGCCUUGGGCGGGGCGGGGGGGGCUCUUCCUCCAUUUCCAGCACCAUGUUGGCUUCCAGUCUCGUAAUUGCAAUCUCUUUUGGGCCACAAGCUGAAGCUGUGUUGUUCCCUCUUCGUUUCUUUAUUUCAGAGAAGGCUCCAAAGCCGUGUUUCUCUCGCUCUUUAAACCCAGGCCUCUUCUAAACUUACUUUGCCUUCUGAGCCAGCCUACUGGGUGGUGUGCGUGAGCAGAGCCUUUGUGCCUGGCCACAGGGCUGCAGCUGUUGUGGAGAGCAGGGGACUAAUCCAGCAUGGAAGAGAGGAAAUUAAGCUUCCUGUAAACCAAUUCUGGCUGUGCUGCUCAAACUUCCAUGUCUCUGGAGUACCAGCUGCUGAAUUGUUGUCCUUCCUGAAAGGACACGUCCUCCUCAGUGUGUGGUGCUUUCCUAGUUACAAUUUGUAAACCACCAUCUUUAAAAACAAACACCAACAUUUGGAGCAUAUUUGAAUAAGUGUUUUGGGUUUUCUGUUCAUUUGUUCAAAAGAGGUGAUAGGGAAGACUUCAGGCAGUCAUGUGGGAAGCACUGUCACUGAAGGAGGUUCACUGGAGUAUGUGGUGUUACUCCAUUAUACCUUGUUUGUAGAUUGCAGUCUUGACUCAUUUUUUGCCUUCCGUCGGCUUUUACAGGUUAGCAAUUUCACUGAAGCAAGCUGAAUGCAUAUUCAACAUGAUGCUUUCUCUGCCCAAGUCAAAAGUCCCAGUUGAAUGGCAUUGUUUGAUCGCUAUGCCUAUGCAAACCUGUUUCUGUUCACUGAAAGCAGAUUUCAGCUGCUGUGUUCUGUAAAUUCACUCAGAAGGCAAAGAGAUGCUUUGAGACGUCCACCACCCCAGUACCAGAUAUGACUAAAAAAGACAAUUAUAAGUGUAAAUAUGUAAUCAUGGAAAACAGUGUUUUAUUUGUGAAGGUUUGAAAGGAAAUCUGUGUUUCGACAAGGUGGCCAAAAUACAUGUCAGAAGUUCACUCUUGCCAAUAUUUGUAUGUAUUUGAACCAAAGUGAUCAGAAUUUGUGUUACAAAGAAAAGUAUGACAGGAAAAACUUGCACUAUUCUUGAUUGGCAUCCUUAGGUUCUCAAACUGGGUAGGCUUUCAACAGUGGUGUAUGUGUGUGUAUUUUUUUUUGUAAUUAUUAAAGGUUUAAAUCGACA